UGUGACAUUCAACAUAAGUUUAUUCCUUUGAUUCAUGAUAUGCCUCGUGUGUUGGAGCAUGCACAGACAUUGGUCAAAGGAUGCCAAGGCUUAAAGUCAAUCCCUAUCAUUGGAACAGAACAGUAUCCACAGGGACUUGGCAAGUUGGUGGACCAGGUCAAUCCAUCUCAAUAUGAAGUGUAUCCCAAGACCUUGUUCUCCAUGUAUGUUCCCUCUGUUAAAGAUAGAUUAAAGACAGACUUGAAGCAUGUCAAAUCAGUGAUCUUGACUGGAAUAGAGACCCAUGUAUGUAUACUUCAAACAACAUUGGACCUUCUGGAGGAUGGUUAUGAGGUUCAUGUCGUUGAGGAUGCAGUGAGUUCACAGAGAUUGGCCGACAAGGUUACAGCCAUCGAGAGAAUGCGACAGAGUGGAGCAUUCAUCACAUCAACAGAGAGUGUUCUAUUCCAACUGGUGAAGGAUGCCAAGGAUCCACUAUUCAAGAACGUCUCUGUAUUGAUGAAGGAUCACAAGGAUAGACUUGCCAAG